UUGGCUGCAGCGUUCUUCUGCUUGCUGCUGGCUCAGAUUCCCCUAGAUCUGGUGCCAGUAACAAUUGGGUGCUAUGUCCGGGAUCCCAAGUGUCUUGCCAGGAGAGGUUGCUGUGGAGACGACAAGAUACGGUGUCUGAGGCUUCAAGGAAGGCUGCAUCAACUGUGUCAUCCAGAGAGCCAAAGCAACCAGCUUGGAGAAUGUGGAACAGGAAGAACUGAAUCUUUUCUGUUUGGUGUGCAGCGAAUGUAGAAAUGUUUACACAGAUUAUUGCUCAGGGUCAUUUUAAAUGAACUGAAUUGACUAUAAGAAUGUGAAUACGAACUCUGACUCCUGCAUCUUAUCUUGUUGUUAUUGUGCUCCCGUUUCUCAUAGUUAAAAGUGAGAAAUGUCAGCAUGGCUACCAACAAUCCACGGUGAGCACUCAUAUUCAAGAUACAGACAAAACUUUGCACAUUGAGUACAGAGCAGCUGCAGACAGUUCUGUCUUCGACUGAUGAUGGAAGUGACAUUCAUGUUCAUGAUUUAAGUGAACCAGAACUGUAUGAUUUGAUUGUUGACUUUGUUAAAAGUGAGAAACUGAAAGCAUUGGAGGAUGAAGGCAUGGCUCAGCUCCUCCUUUUGGAUGAACAGAUUAGUAACCUGCUUGCCACUGAUGUCGGUGCAACUGGAGAUGACCCAACCACACUUUCAAGAACUGAUAUGUCAGCCAGUCAGACUGGUUGUCCUGACUCACUUCAGCUGGGUCCCAUCGAUUCAGGCCUGCAGACAGCUACUCCAGCUACAGACAUUCCUGUGCAGCCAACACAGACAGAAAGAGGCGCCACUGAUGACCAACCACCGACAGCAAGUGAAAAUGUAAUGAAUAGCCGAGAUACUCAACAUGCAGAAAGGAGAGACAAAAAUGUACAAGAGGAAACUGAAAACAUUUCUGGAUCACCACCAAGCAGUGAAGUGACUCCUCCUCUUACACUUGUGUUAAUUGGGAACAAAAAUUCCAUCGACAUUGGAUCAAAAAAUAUCUUACUGGACCAUGACCAGGAGAUACAUGUGAAAGAGUCCAGACUGUAUGACCUCUUUGGUGAUCAGAUCAUUUUAAUUAACAUGCUUGAGUUUCCAAGUAUUGACACGAUUCCAGAGAUUCCAGAAGAUUGUGCCUUUAUCUUGCUGGUAUCAAAUGACCAGCAAGAAAACCAGUAUACUUCUGGAAUGCAGUGGUUAGAAGAAACACUGGGAAAAGAGCACAGCUCUUAUGUGAUGACAGUUGUGACUCAUGAUGACUCAGAAGAAAUUUGUGAAAAUGAACUUCAGAAGCUGAAAGCAAAGAGCGUUUUUUCUGAAAAAAGAUAUCAUACAUGUACAAGAAGUAUGAAGGAUGAAAAUGAGAUACUGGAUCUUUUGGAAAAAAUAAAUGACAUGGUCUCUGAAAAUAGACGGAUGACUGGAGGAAACCAAGCCAACCUUGAUGAAACAUUAAAGACAGGUAAGACUCUUAAUAUUUUAUUCUUAAUAUUUCAAUCUUUUUAA